AUGUCGUCGCACGCUCCCCGUUCCGAGUCCCGCGUCGCUCUUCUCCUCCGCCAUUUGGUCCCCGCGGAAGGCGCCAACCAGCCGCGCAGAAUCGACGACAUCCGCGCAAGCAGCACUUGCGCGGACGGGGCGAGCACCGCGACUGCCCGCGCCUGCGCGAUUCCCUGCCCGCGCGGGUGCGGGGUUUCCGCCGUUCCUUGCUCCGCGCGCGCGGGUUUGGGCGCGCCCGUGGUGGUGGGGGCGAUGGUGCUGGACGUGCAGGGGAGGGCGGGCGCGGAGCGGGCGCUGGAACGAGGCACCACUACGCCUGGACAGGUGGAGUUCCGCCCAGGGGGAGUGGCGCGCAACAUAGGGGAGUGCAUGGCGGCGCUCACAGCCCCACCCCUCCUCAUCUCCGCCGUGGGGGACGACGCUGCAGCUGACGUGCUUCUCUCUCAUUGGUCAGCGAGAGGUCUGUCCACCCACGGCAUAGUGCGGGCAGCAGGGCAGCGCACGGCGGUGGUGGCGAGUGUGUUUGAUGGGGGGGGCGAGGUGGCUGCUGGGGUCGCUGACGUUGCUGUCCUGGAGCAAGGGGUGCAGGAGGAGUGGGUAACGCGCUUCACACACGCCAUUCACUCAGCGCCCUGCCUUGUUGUCGACACCAACCUCCCACCAUCGCUGCUCUCACAUACCUGUCAAUGUGCGCGCUGCCCCUCCCCCACCCCCUGUCAACCGCGCUUGCCACGCUUGACUCGAGCUGCUGCUGCACACCAGCGCAAUGCCACCACUCCCUCUCCCAGCCCCUUUUGCACUCUCCCUCCCACUCCCCUGCGCAGUCCCACUCCCUCUCCCCUUCCCUCUCCCCUUCCAUCUCCCCUUCCCUCUCCCCUUCCAUCUCCCCUUCCCUCUCCCCUUCCCUCUCCCCUUCCAUCUCCCCUUCCCUCUCCCCUUCCAUCUCCCCUUCCCUCUCCCCUUCCAUCUCCCCUUCCCUCUCCCCUUCCAUCUCCCCUUCCCUCUCCCCUUCCAUCUCCCCUUCCCUCUCCCCUUCCAUCUCCCCUUCCCUCUCCCCUUCCCUCUCCCCUUCCCUCUCCCCUUCCCUCUCCCCUUCCAUCUCCCCUUCCCUCUCCCCUUCCAUCUCCCCUUCCCUCUCCCCUUCCAUCUCCCCUUCCCUCUCCCCUUCCAUCUCCCCUUCCCUCUCCCCUUCCAUCUCCCCUUCCCUCUCCCCUUCCAUCUCCCUUCCCUCUCCUCUCCCCUUCCCUCUCCCCUUCCCUCUCCCCUUCCCUCUCCCCUUCCCUCUCCCCUUCCCUCUCCCCUUCCCUCUCCCCUUCCCUCUCCCCUUCCCUCUCCCCUUCCCUCUCCCCUUCCCUCUCCCCUUCCCUCUCCCCUUCCAUCUCCCCUUCCCUCUCCCCUUCCAUCUCCCCUUCCCUCUCCCCUUCCAUCUCCCCUUCCCUCUCCCCUUCCAUCUCCCCUUCCCUCUCCCCUUCCAUCUCCCCUUCCCUCUCCCCUUCCCUCUCCCCUUCCCUCUCCCCUUCCCUCUCCCCUUCCCUCUCCCCUUCCAUCUCCCCUUCCCUCUCCCCUUCCAUCUCCCCUUCCCUCUCCCCUUCCAUCUCCCCUUCCCUCUCCCCUUCCAUCUCCCCUUCCCUCUCCCCUUCCAUCUCCCCUUCCCUCUCCCCUUCCCUCUCCCCUUCCAUCUCCCCUUCCCUCUCCCCUUCCCUCUCCCCUUCCCUCUCCCCUUCCCUCUCCCCUUCCAUCUCCCCUUCCCUCUCCCCUUCCAUCUCCCCUUCCCUCUCCCCUUCCAUCUCCCCUUCCCUCUCCCCUUCCCUCUCCCCUUCCCUCUCCCCUUCCAUCUCCCCUUCCCUCUCCCCUUCCCUCUCCCCUUCCAUCUCCCCUUCCCUCUCCCCUUCCCUCUCCCCUUCCCUCUCCCCUUCCCUCUCCCCUUCCAUCUCCCCUUCCCUCUCCCCUUCCACCACCCCCCUCUGA